CCAAGAGGCUGCCUAUGCGACACACUGAUUUUGUUGUAUCCUCCUUUAAACCACAUGCAGCAGUUGCCGUUGCUGAAAGCAAAACCACUAGCUAGCUAGCAAGAAAAGAAAGCCUCAUCAUCCCCAUCUCUAUAAGAACCCAUUUGCCUCUUAACUUGCUUUUCCUCAUUAAGCGCUUAAGAGUAAGAGAGAGUUACAUACCCCGAGAAAGAUUCAAAGAGAUUAGUAUUCUGAGUUAUAAUGUCUGCAGUGGUGGAGGUAUGGGUGAGCGAGCUGGGGAAGCUGAAGGAGAAGGUUGGGGCCAAGAAGCGGUUUCUGUGGUCGUCGAAAAAGGUGAAACACGCUGAAGGAGGAGAUGAGGGUACGGUUGAUCAGCAACAACAACCAGCUGUAGCUGCUGCAGCUCAUGAAGGUGCGGAGAUGGAGACUACGGUUAGAAAAGAGAGGAGGAACUCUUCUACGCUUUCUGAGGCCACUGUUUGUAUGCUCAUGGACCGUUUUGUUCCUUGGUGAUAUUAGGCUUUUGUGUGUUGUAUCUGGUUAAUCUAGUCUAGAAUAUGUACAUUUUCUGUGAUAUUAUUUUUGUUUUAUGAAUCAUCAAUUUGUCA